AAAAACGUAAACAAUGCUAUUUCCCCAAUGAUAUUUCAAUAAAAAUCAUUUCUAAGGCGCUAUUUUAGUUGUUAUUAAAUUUACGUUGCUAUUUGCCAGUUGACUGCCAAUGUAUUGAAGUGGUAUUUAGAAGAAAAUUUAAGAAUCAUCUACUCUCAAUCGUAUAACACCAUACUAAUGAUAUAAAAUCAUUAAAAUAAACGAAAUACAUGUGUAAUUUGAAUUAAGUUUAUUAGUAUAAAAUUAAGAGUACUUUUUAAGUUAUUUCAUAUAACGCUUUGUAAUUUUUUUUGAAAUGGUUUCAACAAGAGGCCUUCGAUAUAAAUUUAGUGAAGGAGAACGAGUGUUGUGCUAUGAACCAGAUCCUACAAAAGCUAAAGUUCUCUAUGAUUCUAAGGUAUUAGAGGUUAUUGAAAGUAAAGAUAAGAGAGGACGUCGUACAGUUGAGUAUCUUAUACACUUCCAAGGUUGGAAUUCGUCCUGGGACAGGUGUGUUAGUGAAGAUUUUGUAUUGAAAGAUACUGAAGAAAACCGCCAGUUGCAAAGAGACCUUGCUGAAAAAUCACAACUUCAGUUGGGUGCAUAUUUGUAUCGUCGUGAACGCAAGAAGGGCAGCAGCACAAGCACAGGAACAGGGCCUGCAAAGAGAACCCGCCAAGGAUUCAGUGAUGAUGGAUCCUCCAGCAGCACUCAACCUGAUGGCAGUGUGUAUGUGACGACAGAGGGUGAGACUGGUGACACGGAUUCGUCAGGCUCUGGCUCUGGCUCUGGGUCGAGCUCAACGCGGCGCUCACCACCGCCCAACGCGCACGUCGGACGCGCUCAUAUCGCCCUACCUUCAGCUCUUAGGGAUCGUCUCACGUUUGAUUAUCACUUGGUGGUAAAACGUGGUCGUCUGUCUCGUUUACCAGCGACGCCAUGCGCUGCGGAAAUUUUGGAGUCCUUCGUAAAAUGGUUUGCUCGCGCCGGCGCGUGGCAUCCCGCCCGCGCCCGACACGAUCCACCACAGAGACCUGACCUCAUGGACGUUUCUUGCCGAUUGAACUUGGUGCGAGAGGUAGCGGAUGGUCUUCGCGUAUACUUCGACUUCGUGUUACGUGGCCAUCUGCUUUAUAAACAGGAACUCGCACAGUACCACGAUAUCUGCGGACAGUUCUUAAGAGAUCAGGAGGUAGAAGCCAGCACAGAACUGGAAGAAAGAACAGGGUCGCAAGAAGAGACUCUAGAAGAAGACCUCAAAAGCCCAAAAAUACCAGAAUACUCACAUCUCCCACCCGAUCCCUGCGAUAUUGGCGACCGCGAUGACACCACAGUGAAUACUCCGCCUCCGACGAACAGUGAAGAAGAACCGUCAAAGACAGAGACAGAGAAGGCAAAAGGAGAAUCGCUGACCGAGGACGGCAGUCAUUCCACCAACUCUAACCAUUCCAAACCACGGGCACGACCCACGCUAGCCAGAAGGCUUCGUUCACACAAGUCGGCAGUGUCACAGUCUGAGAACGAAGAACCGGCGCCAUCCACUUCUGGAGAACAACGUACAUUCGAAACGCUGUCUUCAAGUGUGGGCAGUAGCGGGUCGUCACUAAGCGAGGCGUGGUCACGGCCUACGCGCGCCCCCACCGCCCCCGCCCCCGCACCCAACACGCCCGCACGCACGCCACUCUCGCAACUGCUAGAUAAGGUGGCAAAAUGGCAGAUAAUCCCGCAUGAAGGCACCGAGCACCUGCCAUGCCGCGUGUAUGGAGCAAUUCAUUUGGCACGCCUAUUCGUGAAACUACCAGACUUCCUCAAUGCUACGCAAAUGCCGGAUUUCAAAUUAAAACUCAUCUUGAAACACGUGGAUAUGUUUGUUCAAUAUCUGGAUGAACACAACGAAUGGUUCGGAGAGAUGUACUAUGUUGCAGAUAAUAUGUCUAGAUCGCAUUAAGUUAUAUUUCCAGUUCAUAAGUGCUCAACUAAUGUAACAAAAAUAAGACUUUAAAAAGGUUAACGUGCGAUAACUGAUACAUCUAUGUACUUACAUAUCAGAUCCAAAUCAUAACACUUCUAUUGACUCUGGUUAAAACUAGCUGUCCAUUCCGUGUGUACAAGUAUCGUGCAUAACAUCCAAACAGAUUCUGCGUAUUGUAUUAUGUGCCAAUUGUAUGUUUAUUUAAUUAUAUUUCUGACAUUGAUGUAAGAGAGAUUAAUUUUUAUCAUUGUAAAAGUUAUUUUAAGCUAUUAAAUCAUUUUACAAGCUUCGCCAAUAUUAAAAAAUGUUGGCUACUUGUUUUAGGAAAAGAAUUUAAAAACUUUCAUAUUAUCAUAUUAAACCACUAUCAGGUUGUUUGUCAAAAAGUAUCAAACCUAUCUUUUUAUUCAUUAAUUUAAAUUCUACCGCGAAAACACGUCAUAUUAGUCACGUGACUAUUCAAGCCGCGACGAUGCCCUGUUGUAACAUUUCAAUGAACAUGGUUCUUCAUGGUUGACUUUUCAAAAAUAUAACUGUCAUGUAGCCAAUUAGAUUAUUGGAUGUUUAACAAGAUGAUGAAUCACGUGACUCGCCAAUAUCAUUGCAAGAGCGUACAAUAACUCUGAUUCACGAUUGAAUAUUAAUGCUCGUUUUUCUUUUGAUUAAUAAAAAAAUUGUGGCAAUUUACGUUGUACACACAGCAGCACGUCAGUCAAGUUACUAUAAAGGGCCAAUUUUCUCCAUUUCAAAUAGAGAUGCCGCUAAUACUCGUUUUAUUAACAGAGUAACCGAAAAUAGGGGAUUAUUUGUUAUCUGUUGAAUACCGGAUAAUAUUGUACAUUAUUCGAUAUACUACGAGUCUAGUUAAAAUUAAAUGAACAUAAAACUGCAGAUAGAAGAAAAUACUUUUAUUCUUUAAAAACAAAACUUGCGCAUUAUAAUAUCGUUAUUAGUAAUUGAUAAAUUAGCAAAUAUCAGUCAUGUUAAAGUUUUAGAAGAAAAACUAGUUUUUCAACAUGAUUAGGAUAUUCUGUUAUCAUUUUUUUGUAAAUCAAACCUGCCUCAAAGUCGUUCUGGUUAAACGGGCUUGCUGUUAUCGAAUAAUAUCGAAUAAUAGUGGCAAGUAAUCGAUACUCGACUAUUCACGGCAUCUCUUAAUUUUAAACUAUCAACAGCUAUUCAAAACUUACUUAUCUGAUCUAACGUAGUGUCGACUCUACAAGGAUAGUUAAAUCCUCAUAGUUGUUUAAAUUUUAAACAUUUGCAGCUAUUUCCUUGUUCUACAAAUUAUCUUCUCAAUAGUCUUGUGAUGAAAUGGAAUUUAUAAAACACAAUCCAUUAAAGUGAUCUCACUAGAUUAGUAUCUCUACCUAAAUCUAAGAGAUUAUAUGAUUUUGUUACAUUUUAGUAUGUAAGUUGUCAUUCUAACAAAGAUGUUGAAAGAUUAAUCAAAGACGUAUUUUAAUUAGAUAAAAUAAAUCUGCACUUGGUUAAAUUAAAACCAUUUUGUAUACUUUUUUAAAUAAAAUGAUAUUUUAUC